AACAUGGCGGAAAAUACGACCUGUCAAAAUUUCCAAAAUGUUUUAAAUGCAAUAAAAGAUGAGGAAUUGCAUAACAGACCAUUUUCCACAACAGAUUUUAUCGUGAUUAAAUUACAGAGAUAUUUAGUAGAUCCUGAGUUUAAAAGUCAAACAUCUAUUGAUACUACAAGAUAUUCUGAUGUAUUUGAUGUAACCUUGUCUGACUCUACAAAUCAAAUGAAAUAUAUUUUACAUCCAUCAUUAAACCAUUUGAUUCAAAACUACCAGUUGUCUGUAGGUAGUUUGAUCAAGUUAAAGAAAUGUUCGGUACAUUUUGAUGAAAGUGAUUUAGAGUCUUAUGAUAUGGUGAUAAUACAUCAGUUAGAUAUUACUGGUCAGAGGUCAAUAACUCCAGAUGAAGUGAACCUACCAUGGUAUCCAGAAACUAAUCUGAAACAACAAGUAGAUCAUCCUCUAGCUGGUGGUAGAAGAUACUAUAUUGAUGUCUGGUCCACUGGUUAUAUAGACCUUUCUUCUUCACAACAUAGUAUAUCAGAUAUUCAGAAGGGAAAUUAUGAAGAAAAUAGAAAAGUAUAUGGAGAUUAUUAUGGUUUAAAAGAUAUCUGUAAAAAAUGGAAAACGUUACAAGGUUCAAAACCAGCUAUAGUUGUACAAAUUCUAAAAAUAUCUAGAUUGUUACAUUAUGUGAAAACUGGUAAAUCUGAAAGAUAUCCUUUCCAGUUACACAUGUUAAUAGGAGAUAUAACUGGUUGUUGUACUGCUGUAUUAUGGAAUAGUCUACCUAUUAAAUAUUUAAACAUCCUGAAAGAGGGUAUGUGUAUAUUACUACAGAUGUUUACAGUAAAGAAGUCGUAUCAUUCUAGUAGUAGAUGGAAGGUAGGAGAAGAAUAUGGUAAUAUAUUUGAAAUAGAUAUUAAUAUUAAUGCACAUCAUCCUAUGACAGUUCUCAAGAUUAUUGAUAGAACUAGUAUCAGUGAUAAUGUUAUCCCAUCGUUACAAUACCAUUUUCUGACCAGGAAAAAAUUAAGGUCAAUAUAUGAUAAUACUAUGUGUGAUGUAAUAGGAUAUGUUCAGUUUGUUGGAAGAAUGGGAAGAGAACUUAUGAAAAAUAGAUUAGAAGGUGAUAGUGGAUGUUAUUGGAUAUCAAGAUGGGUUCAUGUAGUAGAUCAUACUAGUUAUAAACCUAUUAUGAUACAACUCUAUAGACCAAAUCAGUAUAGUCUCUUUGAUAAUCUAAAAGCAGGUGAUAUUCUAAUAUGUAGACAUUUAAGAGUUAUACAAGAUUUACAAUUAUUAACUAAUUCUAAACAGAAGAGACAUCUUUAUCUGUCUUCAGUGGCUGAAACUCAGAUCAGUGUGUUUCAAGCAAACACAAUUACAGACAAUCUCCCUGAUGCAUUAUCAGAUCAACCAAUAGUGAAUCAGUUUAUUAAAUGGUACAGAACUAACCAAUCAAAAGAGUUGUUACAUUGUAAAUAUGGUGGUUAUUUCACAUACCCACCCCUGCCAGAUAAUUUGGAUGAUUUUAAAACACAGCAUUCUGAUUAUGAGAUUACUAACAGUACUAUGUGGAAGUUUACUAAAGAUAGUUUAGUAUACAGACAACAUACCAGAUUAUAUGUACAGGCUGUUCUGGUCCAAAUACAAUUUAUUUGUAAUAAACUGGCUACAGUGUCUCAUGACAGUCUACAAGAUUCAGAAAAUAAUAUAUCUCAGCAUAAGGUUGUGAAGGACGUCAUAGUAAAUAAUAAUUGGAAUGAUACUAAAGAACAAUAUCAACAUAUAGGUAUAGACCAGAACAACCAGGAUCAUGUCUUCUCUGUUACUUCAACUGAUCUUCCAGUAUCUCAGGUUUCUUUACCAUCCAAUAGUCCAUCUCAUCAAAAUACAGAUCCUGCUAAUGUUGCCAUGACGAUUCAGAAACAAGACUAUUUCAAAAUAACUUGGAUGGGUUUAAAUAGUAAAAUAGACAUAACAUCUGUUAAAAUAUGUAAAGAACUUGAUGAUCCUAGUGAUUUUAGUGAUGUGUUAACUAAACAGUGUGAUAUUGGUGUAUCAGAAGAUAUUGUUGAUAUCAGUGCUAUAGACUCAGUGUUAAAUAGUGCUAGACUAUUAACAGACCAGCGCUACUUGGUAGUGCUAGACUUAUAUAAACACAAAGACAGUGUAGAAAUUAUUUUAAAUACUGCUUAUCCUUUAUGAAAUAAAGAUUUUAUUCAUUC